CACUACACAUGACCUCGACUCCCGUCCUCGGAAGGAUGCUACCCGAGCGCACACUCAAACCCGGACUAUCCUUCAAUCGCCACUGAGGUCGCCUCACAAGACCGCGCUAGAUUGUAUUUGGCUUGCCCAUUCAGAGCACCUCGUACCGCAAAGGAGCAUCCCACACGGAUCCCCGGGGUGCAAUAUGCGGUCAAGCAGCGUGCAACUCGCGCGUUCGGCCUGGAAGGGGCCCUUCUUCGUGCCCUUUCCCAACAUGGCACAGGCGAUGAGGACUAACACGCCCAUCCGAACCAAUGCGAGAGCUUGCACCAUCUUGCCAAACUUUGUCGGCCUCAAAUUCUUGGUCCACAAUGGAAAGAAUCACAUUCCCAUCUCGAUCACCGAUGAGAUGGUGGGCCAUAAGUUGGGUGAAUUCGCGCCUACACGGAAACGCUUUUCUUUCAGACAAACAAAGAACAAAUAGAAUGCGCAUCAUCUCUGUCAAGCUCGCACUUCUGUGUGCAAUGGAUGUAAUUGUAAUGGACAUCUUGACGACUGG